UUUUUUUCUUUUUGGUAUAAAGAUGUCAGAUUAGGUAACGAUAAGAUAAUAUGAUCAGAGAAUGAUUUGGACCCAAAUCCAGACCCUGGUUUUGUGAAGUAACCGCUAUGUAUCCCAGGGAUCUUUGCUUCUGGCGGAACAUAAUCCUUUAUUCCAGGGCUAGUAGGAAACGCUUCUCACUGUGUAGAUACAGUAUAUAACAUUGUUAUUUUUAUGGUUACAUGAAAGCCAUGUUUUUGACUUUGUAAUGCUUGUAAAACUUUAAUUACUGACAACUUUAAUUUGAUUCUCAUUUACAAUGUAAUCUGUAAUUGACAUCAGAUUGGUUUCAUUUUUCUUGUUAAAAGCAGAAGUAACUGAUUCAUGAGUGUUGGUAGAAAUGUGAUUAAUGUUUCAGAAGGAAUAGGUUCUAAUUACAAUGUUUGUGUCAGGUGUGUAUAUAUAUUAAUCAAACGUAGUUGGCAGGUGUGGGCUUUUCCCUUGUCAAAGGGAGGACUUGGUCUGUCCUCCCAAAUUAUUUUUGGAUUUAGAAAUUUAGAUGCCAAAGAUACAGAAAUGCUUUGAAGAGUUUUGGAUGGCAUUUGCUAUUGAAGGAUCAGGUGAUGAGUGUUAUUUCCAAAGCCCCUUUUCCCUUCACCCCUGUUGGUGUUAGUGAGGGUCUGGGAUGAGCUGUGAGUGUGGUCAUCCCUGCAGCAGGAUUGAGUUUAGCGGUGAUUGCAGACCCAUGUGACCCACGUGUGUUGUCUGUUGAAUGUUAAUUGAUGUUGAGACGCUGGAACCAGACAUUUUGUUGUAGAUAGAGUAGGUUUUGGCCUCAUCUUUAAGGUUGUCAGGAGUUUGAAAUCUCUUCAUUUCUGUAUUAUGUGCCAAGAACCUUGCAAAGAAAGACUUCUUCAGACUCCCUGAUCCCUUUGCAAAGAUUGUGGUGGACGGAUCUGGGCAGUGCCACUCAACGGACACUGUGAAAAACACGUUGGACCCCAAAUGGAACCAGCACUACGAUCUGUAUGUUGGGAAAACGGAUUCUAUAACCAUCAGCGUGUGGAACCACAAGAAGAUCCACAAGAAGCAGGGGGCUGGCUUUCUGGGCUGCGUGAGGCUGCUCUCCAACGCCAUCAGCAGAUUAAAAGAUACCGGAUAACCGUGUAUGAAGACUCAGGGCCUGGAAGGCCACUCAGCUGCUUCAUGGAGGAGCCGGCCCCUUACACAGACAGAACUGCUGCUGCUGUGGGGGGAGGGGACUGCAGGUUCGUGGAGUCCCCAAGUCAAGAUCAAAGACUCCAGGCGCAGCGACUCCGAAAUCCCGAGGUCCGGGGGUCACUCCAGACGCCUCCGAACCGACCCCACGGCCACCAGUCACCAGAACUGCCCGAAGGCUAUGAACAAAGAACAACGGUGCAGGGCCAGGUUUACUUCUUGCACACGCAGACUGGAGUUAGCACAUGGCACGACCCCAGGAUACCAAGAGACCUUAACAGUGUGAAUUGUGAUGAACUUGGACCACUGCCACCAGGCUGGGAAGUCAGAAGUACAGUUUCGGGGAGAAUAUAUUUUGUAGAUCAUAAUAACCGAACCACUCAGUUUACAGACCCAAGAUUACAUCACAUCAUGAAUCACCAGUGCCAACUAAAGGAGCCCAGCCAGCCGCUGCCAUUGCCCAGCGAGGGCUCUGUGGAAGACGAGGAGCUUCCUGCCCAGAGAUAUGAAAGAGAUUUAGUCCAGAAGCUGAAGGUCCUCAGACACGAACUUUCACUUCAGCAACCCCAAGCCGGUCAUUGCCGCAUCGAAGUAUCCAGAGAAGAAAUAUUUGAGGAGUCUUACCGCCAGAUCAUGAAGAUGCGGCCGAAGGAUCUGAAGAAGCGGCUGAUGGUGAAGUUCCGGGGAGAAGAAGGUUUGGAUUAUGGCGGAGUGGCGAGGGAGUGGCUUUAUUUAUUGUGCCAUGAAAUGUUGAAUCCGUACUAUGGACUCUUCCAGUAUUCUACGGACAACAUUUACAUGUUGCAGAUCAACCCAGACUCUUCAAUCAACCCCGACCAUCUGUCUUACUUCCAUUUUGUGGGCCGGAUCAUGGGUCUCGCCGUGUUCCACGGCCACUACAUAAAUGGGGGCUUCACGGUUCCCUUCUAUAAGCAGCUACUGGGGAAACCCAUCCAGCUCUCGGACUUGGAAUCGGUGGACCCAGAAUUACAUAAGAGCUUAGUAUGGAUUCUAGAGAACGAUAUCACCCCUGUGCUGGACCACACUUUUUGUGUGGAACACAAUGCUUUCGGGAGGAUUCUUCAGCAUGAAUUGAAACCCAAUGGCCGAAACGUUCCUGUCACAGAGGAGAACAAGAAAGAAUAUGUCCGGUUGUAUGUAAACUGGAGGUUCAUGAGAGGGAUCGAAGCCCAGUUCUUAGCUCUUCAGAAGGGGUUUAAUGAACUCAUUCCUCAACACUUGCUGAAGCCUUUUGACCAGAAGGAACUAGAGCUGAUCAUUGGUGGCCUGGAUAAGAUCGACGUGAGCGACUGGAAGUCCAACACUCGGCUGAAGCACUGUGUGGCCGACAGCAACAUCGUCCGGUGGUUCUGGCAGGCUGUGGAGACCUUCGACGAGGAGAGGAGGGCCAGACUCCUGCAGUUCGUGACCGGGUCCACUCGGGUCCCUCUCCAAGGCUUCAAGGCUUUGCAAGGUUCUACAGGCGCAGCAGGGCCCCGGCUCUUCACCAUCCACCUGAUCGACGCCAACACAGACAACCUUCCGAAGGCCCACACCUGCUUUAAUCGGAUUGACAUUCCGCCUUAUGAAUCGUAUGAGAAGCUCUAUGAGAAGCUGCUGACGGCUGUGGAGGAGACUUGUGGCUUUGCUGUGGAGUGAAGAGCAACCAAAGGCAACAGAUUCUAGCUCAUGACCACCAGACCCAAAGCAAGCUUUCUGUGUGCCUCCUCGCAGCUGGCUGAGGCCUGGGAACCCCAGAUCACCGGAGGGAAAGAGCUGUCUCCCCUCCUUUUGGGGAGGGGGGUAGGGGGACUUUGGUUGGUGGCUCCCACCCAUACUUUCCUCCUUUAUGACAGUACUCCCACCCCCUUCCAUCACCCAUCCAAUAAAAUGCAGCCAGGUUUAGCAUUUGGCUUCGGUCACACAGGAUAUUCCGCUCUGACUGGAACCCAUAUGGUGAUCGGCUCACUGCCCUGUGGUCUUUAUAGGGGGAUCAGCCCACAAGUUCUGGAACCGAGCUUGGCUUACUGAGGCUUUGUAACUGGUAGCUCUCCUAGCUAUUCUGUGUCAGAACGGUCCCGAGGCCCCUUUUCAAGUUCAGCAGCUCAAAUUCCAGUCUCAUCCUAGCAGCCUGUUCCAGGUAGCAGAUGAAUUUCUAACUGAAAAAUAACCAUAUUGUCUAGGGGAAGUCCGCCGCAGCGGGAAGCCCGCAUCAAAAGCGUGCUUCCCUUUUGGAAGAGUAAAGCGACCGGGGCCCGGGGUAUGUUUCAGGGUAUCCUGGCUGAAAAACUUGUUCUGCGUAGAGAAAACUGAUCUUUCCUUUUAAGAGUCCCUUUGCCACGUUAUCUAUCUAAUUCGAGAUAUUUUUCCAGUGAAAAUACCACAUAACAGAGCUUAUAAAAGAACAGACCAAACCAGCCUCAGAUCCACGCAGCCAGUCCCGGGUCGGGGCUCCCGCACCACCUCUGUGUCGGCUGGGUCACUGGAUACUAACAAAGUGUCGUGUGGAACUUGCUGAGAGCUGAACUAACAAAAGAAGAGCCUGUUCUAGCUGCUGGCCUGGUGCGGACUCGCCUCGAAGGGAGAGGGGGAGCGGAUAACCUCGUUGACUCAACCCCCCCUUUUUACUGUUAGAUGCAAACCUGACUGGGGGGGGGCAGGGACACAGUUCCACUCUGGCGCACGCUGGUCAUCUUCCGAGUGUCAGAGGGCGACCCUAACCGUCCCCGCUCGCUUCACUCACCCAAACAUCUUCACGUGCUGAGCGAGGCCAAAGCCGGCCUGGACCCCGCGUUCCCGUUUGCCCGCGAUGUUCAGGCAGCAUCUUAACGAGGUGGUUUGAGUGCAGGUCGACUUCCGUGAAGGGCGGCGGCAGCAAACUGUCCCGUUGGGGUUUGUUGUUUCUGGUUUGGGGGGCAAGUGUGGGGCAACUCCUCAGCAAGACACUCACUGUUGAAACUCUGCUGUUGGUUUCGGAGUCAGGCGUUGGCAUCCAGCUGUGGGCCUGAGCGGGGUUUGGAAGGAGCCUUUGGGACGACUCGCUUUUUGUCACUAACGCCUGUGGACUGGGGGGGUUGGCGGCCUGCGUACCCUUCUCGUCGUGCUGUGGUUCUUCGGUCGGCCCUGAAGCGGUCUGUGGCUUACGUGAGCAGCUCCGGGAGCUCUUGGGGGAUAGACCCCCUUGGAACAAGAGGCCCGCCUGGUUUGGGGGGCCUGGGUUGCUGGCCGGGGGCUCCAAGAGCUGCGAGAGCGCCACUUGUGGGCUACGUAUGGAGGUUCCAGGAUAGAGGGGAUGUCCGGUGUGACUAGCUGCACAAGGAGAAUUAAAUCCAAUCAGGAAGUCCAGGCUGCAUCGUGGGCUUGGUCUUUCAGAAGUUCUGCCUUGCCCCAGUUGGGCUGAUCUUGUGUCUCGUUUACCAUGAUCCUUGUGAGGGCAUUCUAGAAGCUGGCUCCCCCUGACUCUCUAGUCCUCCCUCGUAAUCUUCCUCUGGAAGAGUGAGGAAAUGUCAACUACAGCCCUGCCCCCAGAUCGGCCUCCUCUCGAAGGCGAACCUCAACAGCGUGAGGAGGAGACCUCCACGGGAGAGCUGAGAACGCCUCCAGGCUGAGGUGGGAAGGAGCACUAAUUCUUCUGUGGGGCUGGCCACAAUCUGCAGGAGUUAGUGAGGAGACGAGGGCCUAGCGGGAGUGUUGAGUUGGGCUCCGUUAAGACGAUCUUCCUGCUGUUGGGAGAAACGGGAGCAAUCCUUAGAAAGCGUACCUGCCGGCCCCAGGCUGCUCGCGCGUGUCCGGGGUCAGCUCCGCAAGUCUUUCCUGUCUUGUAAGGCUGGGGUCUCUGCUUUUCUCCUCACACUUGCAUGUGGGCCCCCUCAUCAGCUGUGUGUCACAGUGGAGCCUGAAAGAGCAGAACGUUCCAGAGCCCGGGCUGACUCUCACCAAAUGGGCCUGUCAGUGGCAUUGCACUUCUAGAACCUUCACCAUUAACAGUGGAUUGGGCCGCCCAAAGAGGAGUGUGGCAGACAAUUGGUAAAAGCUCCUGAUCGCGCCACUUUGGGUCCGUGUGGACCCCGUUUCCCACGAGCUCUCGUUCGUCGCCCUCUGCGGUAGUCCCCGACCGCCCACCUGUCCCCCUCCCCUCACCUCUUUGCCCAGAAGCUUCAGGGGCCCAACUUCCAGGCUUGCCCUCACCAGUGGUCAUCAGCCGACCCUCAGGGAUGUAGCAAACCACCACUCUGCCAAUGCUGUAGGUAGGAAAAACAAAGGGGCUGCUUGGGGGACAGGAGGGACAGGUCUCUUUGAGGGGAGUCUGCCCACCAGGUGGAUUGUGUUCCCUAAGCUCGCUCGGCUGCAUGGUCCCAAUUCAGGUGAGGUGGUCCUCAAACCUGAGCUGCCGGGAAUGGCCUUCUGCAGAGAAAACACCCUGCCCCCCAGCCCCGUCUGCAGCCAGGUGUGGGCCGCACGGCAGCCUUCCCGAAACAUAGUAUGAAUUUUUAAAAUUUGUUUAUUUUUGUUUCUCAACCACUUUAUAAUGUAUUUUUUAAUUUAUUUUGUAAUGUCUUGUUUUUAAGUAUUGCUGCUAUCCUUGUUAUUCUUCCCACUGUUUUUAUUCCUGAUUUAUUUUGUGAAAAUUGUACACUAAUGUUCUGUUUUAUGUCAAAAUCAAAAGUAUUUAAAGAAAUACUAGUUCUAUUUAAUGUGGUUAUGGAACCAGCUGGAAACACACAACAAACAGUGAUUGUACAGCAGGCUGGACCCGGGAGGUCAGGUUCAUUUUGUUACAUAUGCAAUAAACUCACGACUUUACAUUU